CUCCGCUCUGUCCGUGCACACACUCACAGCUGUGAGCAGAUCCAGCAGGUGGUACCCUACAGCCGGCUGCAGGAGCACCGACACACCGGCACACGGCUCACACUGAAGCCGAGCUACAGCUCACCGGCCCGGGCAUGGACGCACACAGCACCGCGGUCCCUCCAGCAGUUAUCCAGGUCAGCAGCUCCCCCAGCUCCGGACUGUGACUUCCAGGAGGGGGGGUUGGUUGGUGGGGAGGGGGGGGACCGCUGACACUUCCUUGCCGGCUGCGCAGGCUGUGAGCGGCGUCUUGCAGUGAAAGCAGCCCCCUGGAGAUAAAGCAUCUGGUUGCACAGACUCACAGAAAGAGAGACUGGAGCAGUAACUGCACAUUCUGUUCAUGAGGGUUUACAAGCGAAUGGGAAAAGAAGUCUCAGUCACCUUGUAAGAUGUUUCCUCACCACAGAGAAAGGGAGCAGCCGAUCUUCAGCGCCCGGGCCCAUGUUUUCCAGAUUGACCCCACCACCAAGAGGAACUGGAUCCCCGCCAGUAAACAUGCCGUCACUGUGUCCUUCUUCUACGACGCCACCCGCAACGUCUACCGCAUCAUCAGUGUGGGUGGGACCAAGGCGAUCAUCAACUGCACAGUCACACCCAGUAUGACGUUCACCAAGACGUCCCAGAAGUUUGGGCAGUGGGCCGACAGCAGGGCCAACACCGUCUACGGUCUGGGGUUUGCUACUGAGCAACAACUGCAUCAGUUCUCUGAGAAGUUUAAGGAGGUGAAAGAUGCAGCUCGACUGGCGAGAGAAAAGUCCCAGGACAAAGAACUGGCCAACACAGCGUUAACCAUCGCUGCUCCUCAGUUCUCUCAGGACCUCUCGGAUGAACUGCAGUCUCCACCGGUGAUGUGUGUGAACGGACCAGAGGACAAACUGUUCCGCAGCCAAAGCGCAGACAUCACCCUGUCUUCUGAGAAGGAGCGCAUUAAAAAGAUGCUCUCUGAAGGGUCUAUCUGUGAAAUGAACUUGGAGGCGGAGCUCUUCACUCUGCAGGACAGUAACACUAAACUGGUGGCGGCGUUACACGAGGCCAACGCUAACGUGGAACAGUGGAAGAAACAGCUGGCAGCCUAUCAGGAGGAGACGGACCGGCUCCGAGAACAGGUGGCUGAGUUGGAGGCCCAUGGAGGCCACGGCCCCAGUGACCUGCUGAAGGACGAGCUGACCCAGUCUCUGGAGGAGCUGGAGGCCCUGCUGAAGGCCAAAGAUGAGGAAAUCCACAUUUUGCAAAGCAAGAAAGCAGAGUACCAUGAGAUGGAGCAUCACAGAGAUGAGGCCAUACACAGAUUACGGGAGAUGGAGAUGCGUAACUCAGACUUGGAGAGGCGCAUCCAGAACACGGAGCAGAACCUGAGUAACUCUCUGGAGGAACGGGAUCGCAUGGACAAUGAGAUCCAGAGGGCCAUCGAGAUCCUGGACAUUAAGAUCUUUGACCUUAAUGACCUGCGUCAGAGUCUGGUUAAACUCAUCGACAAAUAAGACGGAGGGAAGCGGAAGCACAAACCCAGGAGAGAGAUGGAACAGAUGACAGGGUUCAGUUUGCAGAGCGGGAUAAACCAAUGAAACCAGGCCGAGCCGGUCCCUGUUAUCUUCAAGCACAAGUCCAGCUGGACUGCAGGAAGGUUCCCCCAUGUCUGUGCUGCAGUGCUGUGUGUGCAGUGUGGGCCUAAGCAGCAGCAUAUACAUGGUAGUGCUUGUCCCAUCUAAUGUAACGCUUCACGUUGCUUUAAGGGUAACAUUCAAUGCAAUAAACCAACUUUAAGGUAAGUGCUUAACAAUGCUAGACGUUUACUAUUGAGAACUGGUGCUUGUAGUUUUUCAUAAGUAUGACUUUUGUAUAAAAACAGCAAUGCAGUGUCAAUAUGGAUGAUAAGAGGCCUUUUUUUCAAGGGUUGAAAAGAGACGGAGAAUGCACUCACACAAAUAGACAGCCUGCAAACACAAGAAUUAUCCAGUACUGAAAUAACAGACCAAUUUCGACUAAAAAGAACUGAUUUGUUGCAUCACGUUGUUAUGUAGAGCCUUGUAGCUGCACAUGCACAAUGUAGCAGUAAUAAUGUCGAAUAUAUUACCGUUUUUUUGUGAUUGCUUACAUGCCAGUUGCA